UUCAUCAGCUGACUGAUGAGUGAUCAGACAGACAGCAAUAAUCAAACACAGCUGUCGCUGUCAGAGAGAGCCAAGAAACCAUCGAACCAGAAAUCGGGUAAAAACAGACAGUGACCCUGCAGCAGGGUCCAGCUCGUAGCAUUCAGUCAUGGUCUUCGAAUCUUUGGUCAGUGACCUGCUCAACAGGUUCAUCGGAGACUACGUGGAGAACCUGGACAAGUCCCAGCUCAAGAUCGGGAUCUGGGGAGGAAAUGUUGUACUUGAGAACCUGAAGGUGAAGGAAAAUGCUCUGAGUGAAUUUGAUGUUCCCUUUAAAGUGAAGGCUGGACAAAUUGGGAAGUUGACGUUGAAGAUUCCCUGGAAGAACCUGUACAGCGAUGCUGUGGUUGUCGUGCUGGAUGGACUGUACCUGCUGGUUGUUCCUGGAGCCAAGAUAAAGUACGAUGCAGCAAAGGAGGAGCAUCACCAGCAGGAGGUGAAGCAGAGAGAACUGCAACGCAUUGAGGAGGCGCUACAGAUGGCUGGACGCCGAGCCUCUCAGGCUGGAGACCUGCUGUUCAGUCUGGAAAGUGUUGUGUACAAGGAGCCUCAUAACGUCCUAAAAGGAUUAAAAAAACCUAAAAAACACAAAAAAGGCUUGAAGAAACUGAAACGACUUGACAAAAGAUCAGAGAAGUCCCAGGAGGAGAAGAAGGACACCUUUGUGGAGAAACUGGCCACUCAGGUGAUCAAAAACCUGCAGGUGAAGAUCAGCAGCAUCCACCUGCGUUAUGAGGAUGACCUGUUGGACCCAGAGCACCCCCUGUCUAUGGGAGUGACAUUGUCAGAGCUCAGCCUGCAGACCACCGAUGAGAACUGGAAGUUGUGUAUCUUGAAUGAAGCAGCAAAGAUCAUCUAUAAGCUUGGUCGUCUGGAGUGCCUUUGCGCCUACUGGAACGUCAACAGUCCCGUCUUCUACAAAGGAUCAUGGGAGGAUAUUGUGGAUCAGUUGAAGUGUGGGAUCAGCAGUAAAGAUCAGGAGCUGCCGCACUAUCAGUACAUUUUCAAGCCGAUCUUUGCUUCAGCUAAAGCGUGCAUCAACCCAAAUGCUGAGCUGGAACUGAAAACUCCAAAAGUAAACCUCCACCUAGAGGUUCAGAACAUUGGCAUAGAGAUGACCAAACCACAGUACCAGACCAUGCUGGGACUGCUGGAGUCCAUCGACUGUAUGGUGAAGAACGCCCCCUAUAGGAAGUUCAGGCCCAAUGUCCCGGUCCACAACAACGCCAAACUCUGGUGGAGGUAUGGCUUCAACAGCAUCCUGGAGGUCCACAUCAGACGCCUUAGUAAGAUGUGGUCCUGGUCCCACAUCAGACGGCACCGAGAGAACCAGAAGACCUACAGGGCCGUCUACAAGACCAAACUGCUGAGCCGGGGCAAGCCAAGCCAGGACACUGAGCAACACAUCCAGGAUCUGGAGAAAGUUCUGGAUGUGUUCAACAUUAUAUUAGCCCGGCAACAUGCCCAGAUGGAGGUGAUCAGGUCAGGGCAGAAUGUGGAGAGAAAGAAGACAGCGGGGUCACAUAAGCAGGGAGGAGGAGGAGGUUUCUUCAGUAGCUUGUUUGGGAGGAAGGCUAAGAAGGAGGAGCAGGAGUCAGAGCAGAGCAAGGAGAAGGAGAGUUCAGACCUGGACGAGCUCAUGACAGCUGAGGAGAAGGAAAAACUCUACACUGCUAUUGGCUACAGUGGCAGCUCUCACAACUUGGCUUUACCCAAACAGUAUGUAGCUGUGGUCGUCACCUUUCAGCUCUUAAGAACCUCCAUAACCAUCAGAGAGCUGCCAGGCGUCCCAGAAAAUCUCAAGAUCCAGAUGAUUGACCUCAGCACCAAAAUAUCUCAGAGACCUGGAGCUCAAGCCAUCAGGGUGGAGGCAGCGUUGGAACACUGGUUUGUUACAGGCUUGCAGCAGCACGGGGUGGUACCUUCACUCAUCGCCUCAGUGGGAGACUCUUCCUCCUCUCUUCUCAGUGUUGUAUUUGAGUUAAACCCAGAGGAGAGCACUGCCGACCAGCUGCUCAGAGUCCAUUCACAGCCUGUCGAGAUCAUCUAUGAUGCACUGACAGUAAACAGUAUGGCCGAGUUUUUUAAGACUGGUAAAGGUGUCGAUCUGGAUGUGUUGACCUCAGCCACGCUCAGCAAACUGGAGGAGAUCAAAGAUAAAACUGCCUCAGGUCUGUCUCAUAUCAUUGAGACCAGAAAGGUCCUGGAUCUGCGGAUUGACCUGAAGCCAUCCUACCUGCUGGUACCAAAGUCCGGCUUCUACAGUGAUGAAUCAGACCUCAUCAUCUUCGACUUUGGCAGCUUACAGCUGAACAGUGUCGAGCAGAGCAGUCUCAGUUUGUCUUUGUCCUCCUCCCCCUCCUCUCUGGAGGAGAUCAUGCAUCGAGCCUAUGAGAGAUACAAUGUGGAGCUGAGACGGGUCCAGGUGCUCUACAGCAAGUCCGGUGAGGCCUGGAAGUCGGCUCGGCUACAGGGUUCAUCAGUCCAACACAUCCUCCAGCCGAUGGACUUCACCCUUCUACUGGCCAAGUGUAUGGUGGAGAAGGAUGCCAGGAUGCCCAGGUUCAAAGUGUCUGGCGAGCUGCCACUGCUGCACGUUAAGAUCUCGGACCAGAAAAUCCAGAAUGUUCUGCAGCUGGUCGACAGUAUUCCCUUACCCAGCGUGGGCUCCUUGCCCUCCACCCAGACAGAUAAGGUGUUGUCACUGGCAGAGGCCAGAAUGCCAACACUCGGUCUUCAGCCUGCCUUCCUGGAUGCCAUGGAAACAGAUUCAGAUGACACCAGUGAGAAGUCGACUGAUGAGGAUCAGCAGCGCUCAGCUCUGGAGGAACUCACUGACAUUCACUUUAAGUUUGAAGUCAAAGAGGUACUGUUGGAACAGACCCGGCAGGGGGACCAAGAGAAGACCGUCCUGUCCUUCAGCAUCAGUCAGCUGGGAGCCGAAGGGAAGAGGAGGAGUUUCGACUUGAGCAUCACCUCAUACCUGCGCAGAGUUGCUCUUGACUACUGUGACGUACCAGAUGACAGGAAACAUCCUCUUCACAUGAUCAGCUCCUCGGAGCAGCAGAGCUCUGACCUGCUGAAGGUGGACUUCAUCAAGGCUGACCGCAGGGGACCCAGCUUCCAGACUCAGUUCGAUAGCACCGAGCAAACACUGAAGGUGGAGUUUUCCUCGUUGGACUUCCUCCUCCACACUAAAGCUCUGCUGUCUACCAUUAACUACCUGAACAGCGUCGUGCCGCCACAACUCCACGCUGCCCGAGACCAAGACCCCAAAAAACGGGUGGAGAAGACCGGACAGGGCCAACCAGUGUCUAAAGGAGCAAAAGAUGGCGGCAUCUUUAGUUUCAAACUGUUCGCUGUGUUGGGUUGUUUCCAUGUGGAGGUGUGUGACGACUGCCAGAGCAUCGCUGACAUCAGAGUCCAAGGAAUCGAUGCGUCGGUGUUGGUACAGGUGAAGGAAACCAAGGUAUUCGCUCGACUUCGAGACAUCGUGGUCACAGACGUCAACCCCAGAACCAUCCACAGAAAGGCAGUGUCCAUCAUGGGUGAGGAGGUCUUCGUCUUCAAACUGACCUUGUUUCCAGGGGCGACACAGGGUGAGGGCUAUAGCAACAUGUCGAAGGUGGACGGGAAGGUCAUGAUGAGUCUGGGCUGCAUCCGGAUCGUCUACCUGCACAAGUUCCUCAUGUCACUGCUGAUGUUUGUCGACAACUUCCAGGAAGCUCUGAGCGCUGCAACAGCUCAGGCUGCUGAGAAAGCAGCAUCCAGCGUUCGAGACUUCGCUCAGAAGAGUUUCCGUCUGUCCAUGGACAUUAAGCUAAAGGCUCCGCUCAUCAUCAUCCCCCAGUCCUCUACCUCUCAUAAUGUUGUGGUGGUGGAUCUGGGUUUGAUCACGGUGGGAAACAGCUUCUCUCUGCUGCCACAUGAAGAUUUCUCUUUGCCAGCGGUGGUGGAGAAGAUGGAACUCAAACUGGCACAACUGAAGUUCUCCAGAACCACGUUGAAGCAAGACACUUUGCAGCCGGAUGUUGAGAUCCUUCAGCCAAUCAACUUAGAGCUGCUUGUCACCCGCAACCUGGCUGCUUCCUGGUUCACCAAUGUACCCGCAGUUCAGGUUCAGGGAGUCCUCCGGUCACUCAGUAUGAGUCUAGGUGAGGAAGACCUCUCUGUGCUAAUGAAGACCCUGGUGGAGAACAUCGGGGAAGGAAGUAAAGGGAAGAGUGCUAGUGUUAAAGGCCAUUUGGCUCAAGAGAAGGCAGAUCUUGCUGAGCAGCAGGUGGAGGUGGUGUCAUUACAGACGACAUCCGGUGGCAUGAUGGCUGCCACCAGUGGCAUUCCGACUGAAAACACCAUCAGUGUUCUCCUCAACUUUGAAAUUAAAGAGGUGCUCCUGACCCUGAAAAAACCCAGAGAGCAAGAAGAUUCACCUUUCCUGGUCUUUCAAAUUGCUCACCUGGGCAUCGACACCAAAGUCAGGAAGUACGACAUGUGUGCCACAGCUUACAUCAAGAAGAUCACCAUGAGGUGCCUGGAGUUCAAAGACUCGAGUGGCGAGCCGCUGUGUCUCAUCAGCUCUUCAGUGGAGCCUGGAGCUGAACUGCUCAAAGUGCAGUAUGUCAAGGCUGACCGCUCAGGGCCGAGCUUCUCCACCAUUUACAAGAACACGGAGCAGAUGAUAAAUGUGACCUUCGCCUCUCUUGACUUCAUGCUGCACACAGAGGCUCUGCUUUCAGCCAUCAACUUUCUGUUGGCAGCACUGUCAUCUGGCAGUAUGCUGUCCUCAGAGAGAGAAAUCAAACCGAAAAUAGAGGACAAAACUGUGUCUGCCAAGUCCACUGCCCUGGUGUCUUCUGCAGACUGCGAGGUUGUCGGCCUACAUAUUAUGAUAACGCUGGGAGCCUUCAGUGUUCUGGUGUGUGACCAGAGCUGCAACAUGGCUGACAUCAAGAUCCAAGGUAUUAAUGGCUCUUUGCUGAUGCAAGGACCACAAACUCAUAUCUCGGCCUGCCUACGAGAUUUCAUCAUUGAGAAUGUUGAUCCCAAAAGUGUCCACAAGGAGGCCAUCUCCAGUAUUGGUGAUGAGGUGUUCAGCUUCACCAUGAGUCUGACUCCCAAUGCCACAGAGGGCACUGGUUACGCCGACACCUCUAAAACAGAUGGCAGAGUGGAGCUAAGGGUGGGCUGUAUCCAGGUCAUUUACCUGCACAAGUUUGUCAUGUCUCUGCUGAGCUUCACCAACAACUUCCAGACAGCUAAAGAAGCUCUGAGCGCUGCGACGGCUCAGGCUGCUGAGAAGGCGGCAUCUAGUGUUCGAGACUUCACCCAGGAGAGUUUUCGUUUGUCCAUGGACAUCAAGCUGAAGGCUCCACUCAUUAUCAUCCCGCAGUCUUCCACCUCCCAUGAUGCACUGGUGAUGGACCUGGGUCUGAUCACGGUGGGAAACAGCUUUUCUCUGCUACCUGUCAACGGAUGCCCGCUGCCAGCCAUCAUUGACAACAUGGACGUUCGUUUGACGCAGCUCAAACUCUCCAGGACCUGUAUGGACCUGGGGUCAGACCAACCCAGUAUCGAGCUCCUGGAACCAGUCAACCUGCACCUAAAUAUCAAGAGGAACCUGGCGGCUUCCUGGUACAAGAGUAUGGCAGCUGUGGAAAUUGAUGGAGAUCUGAAGCCCAUGAAGGUCGAGCUCAGUCAGGAUGACCUGAAGGUGCUGCUCAGGAUCCUAACGGAAAAUCUAGGAGAGGCCAGCAGUCUGGAGCCCGUGAACCCGAGACAGGAGGCCAGUCUGCAACUCAGAGCAACCGGAGGUCUCCCAGCAGGUGAUGUUGCCAAGCUGACUGCAAGCAGUGAGGAAAAGGAGGAUGAAACUCUGGAGACUGUGAAGUUUAACUUCACUAUUGAGUCUCUUGGUCUGGUUCUAUACAGCAAUGACCCAAAACAGUCUGCGGGCUUCCAGCACCAGGAGAACCUCAGACUGGGUGAAUUCAUCCUCCACCUGCUUAAGACUUCAGGGAGGGUCCUGUCCAAUGGCAGCAUGGAAGUGACCACUGUCCUGACCACCUGCACACUGGAUGACCUGAGGACCGGCAUGGAGAGGGUGACGUCACGGAUGAUUAGGCGGAGAAACGAGGAGAGCUCAAAGGCGAUGAUCGACUUGACAUAUCAACAGAGUAAGGGAGAGCGAGAGGUCGUGGCUGUUCUGCAGGAACUCUACCUUUGUGCCAGUGUGGAGUUUCUGAUGGCCAUUGCAGAUUUCUUCCUUCAGGCUCUGCCACAAAGUUCAACUCCCACCACCACCUCUGUACUGAGCGACAGACUGCCGCUGAGACAGACCACCAAAACGCGAGAGGACACCAAGCUCACCUCCACACCGAAGACACAUCUCCAGGUGUCGGUGCUGGAUCCGGAGGUGAUGUUUGUGGCAAGCCUGAUGAAGGCAGAUGCCCCAGCCCUGGUGGCUUCAUUUCAGUGUGACUUAAGCCUGUGGGUUGAGGAAAACGGUACCCAGAAGAUGAAAGCCAAGCUGAUAGCGCUGAAAGUCCUCGCCUGUCCCUUCAUCCGAAACAAGGAGGACAAGGCCAUCACCACUGUGUUAAGACCCUGCUCAGUAAACUUGGAAACCAGAACUCAACCCAACCAACCACUGAGCGGCUCUGUGACAGUGGAGGAAGUCAUCAUCAAGAUCUCUCCAUUCAUCCUCAACACAGUGAUGACCAUAACUGCCGCCAUGACGGUGAAGCAGCGUGAUGAGCCGAGUCAGGAGUUGAAGCCUGACACAGGCAACCUGUGGUCGGUCAUGAACAUCUAUGAUUGUAACUACUGGUUCCUGGGAGUGGACCAGGCCACUGAGCUCACUGAGAGCUUCAGAGAGCAGGACAGAUUCAAUGAGGGCGGGAGUUUCAAUGCUGAGAUCAAGGUGGUCCAGGUGACGCUCGAGUCUGGUUUGGGCCAUCGGACCAUCCCUCUGCUGCUAGCCGAGUCCUCCUUUAGUGGAUCAGCCAAAAACUGGUCAUCUCUGCUGCAGCUGAGAGCUGACAUGACACUGGAGGUGAACUAUUUCAAUGAGAUCCACGCAGUGUGGGAGCCUCUGAUCGAACGAGUUGAUGGCGGCAGACGUAGAUGGACCCUGGAGCUUGAGAUGAAGAACAACCCAGUCCAGGAUAAGAGUCCUGUUCACGGAGAUGACUUUGUAAUUCUUCCUGAGCCUUGCACGGCAAUCAACCUCUGCUCCAAAGACACUAUGAACAUCACAGUCUCUCAGUGCUGCCUCAAUGUCUUCCAUAACCUCACCAAGGCAUUCUCUGAGGGCACUGCCUCCACUUUUGAUUACACUCUGAAGGAGAAGGCCCCCUUCACCAUCAGAAACUUUCUGGGGAUCCCCCUCAUUGUGCAGCAUAGUGCCAACCUGAGGCUGGUUGGUUCAACGGAGUCAGGCAAACUACUUGAGCUGUCGGUGGACCAGAGGAUGGACCUGGAGCACUCCAUCUUUGAACGGUCAUCACGAGGCAAACUGUCAGCUCUACAGCAGCAAGAGAGCUGCCUGUUUUACCUCAGCAUUGUGCCCUCUGGAUACAGCGAGAUCUCACGCAUCGCUAUGGACAAACCGGGACGCCGUCUCUACAACAUCCGUGGUCCGAUGCACAUGGAGGCUGUUUCUGUGCUGCUGCAGAUUGAUGCCACCGAGGGCAAUAAGAUCAUCACUGUCCGCUCGCCGUUGCAGAUAAAGAACCACUUCUCAGUGCCAUUCACUAUCCUGAAGUACUGUCCAGCAUCGAGGAGUCUGCAGAGUGUUGGACAGGCCGAACCUGAGAGAGAGUUUCAUGUCACCUUAGAAACAUAUAGUUGUCAGCUGUUUGUAUGUCCAGCGGGCUCUCUGGACGGUAAGUACAGUCCAUCCUCCACCUGUGUGGCCUGGAAGGAGCAGGUGCACCGCAGCUCGGAGGUGUGUUCGGUGCUGCAGUGCCCUGCGACUGAGAGUGGCCUGCUACCACUGAUGGUCAGCACGCAGGCUGUCCCUGACAAUCUGCAACAAAUCAUCCGCCGUGGCGAGGAGGACUGGAACCCCGCUUACGUCAUCCACCUCCACCCCGUGGCCACACUACGCAACUUGCUCCCCUUCACUGUUCGUUACAUGAUGGAGAGCUCAGCAGAUUCUUAUGAUCUUUAUGAAGGCAGCACAUCAGAGCUCCUAAAUGCUCGCGCUUCAGGUGAGAUCAUGUCUUUGGUGCUGAUGAAGUAUCAGGGCCGCAACUGGCAUGGACACGUUUGUAUCGAACGGGAAAUGCCCGAGUUCUUCACCAUGUGUCUCACCUGUGACUCGGACACCAACAUGACGGUGGAUGUGAGUGUUCACGUGAAGAGGACGACAAGCCGCCUGCUGCUGUCGCUCUUUAGCCCAUACUGGAUCAUCAACAAGACAUCUCGAGUGCUGCAAUACAGAGCCGAGGACAUCAGCAUCAAACACCCGGCUGACCACAGAGACAUCAUCCUGUUCUCCUUCAGGAAGAAAAACCUGUUCAGCAAGAACAAGCUCCAGGUGAGUGUGUCCACCAGCUCUUGGUCUGACGGUUUCUCUCUGGACACGGUGGGAAGCUAUGGCUGCGUUCGUUGUCCCGCGAACAACAUGGACUUCCUGGUGGGUGUGGGCAUCCAGAUGAGCAGUUUUAACCUGACAAGGAUAGUCACAAUGAGUCCUUUCUACACCCUGGUUAACAAGUCAUCUUAUGAACUGGAGGUGGGAGAAGUCAUUAGCCAGGCCCGCACCAGGUGGCACUACAUCCCCUCCACUGAGUGCCUCCCUCUGUGGCCGGAGAACAGCUCAGGGAAGUUGUGUGUCCGUGUCAUCGGAUCAGAAUCCACCUCCAAGUCCUUCUUCUUUAACCAGCAGGACAGCGGCACCCUGCUGAGUCUCGACAUGUAUGGUGGGAUUAUUGUGGAGGUCAACAUCUCCGAUCAUUCCACCAUCAUCAGCUUCAGUGAUUACUAUGAAGGAGCAGCUCCUGCCCUGCUGUUCAACCACACACCCUGGGUCACCAUCAACUACAGCCCCCGAGAUGGGUCACCGGUAGUUCAUGAGCUGAAACCAGGUGAGGCUCGGCGGUUUGCAUGGGAUGACCCAGCUGGUGUCCGAAUGCUCAGCUGGAACUGCAAGGAGCGUUCAGGAGAGCUGGACCUGCUCAAGGACCAGGUGGGUCAGUUCUCCUCCAACAGCCUGUCUCAGGUCCACUGGGUUUCCUUCCUGGACGGGCGUCAGCGGGUGCUGCUGUUCACAGAGGACGCUGGUGUGGUGACAAAGGCUCGGCAAGCAGAGGAGCUCGAACAGUUUCAACAAGAAGUGAAGGUGUCACUGCAAAACCUCGGACUGUCACUGAUUAAUAACACCAGUCGGCAGGAGAUUGGUUACAUUGGCAUCACCAGCUCAGGUGUUGUUUGGGAGAUGAAACCAAAGAAUCGUUGGAAGCCGUUCAGUCAGAAAAAUAUCAACCUGCUAGAGAAAACCUACCAGAGUCAGCUCAGCGGGCAGAUGCAAGGAGGUUGGGUCAAACUGGAGAGCGGCCUAGAGGUGAAUCUUAGCAGCGUCAUCAUGAAAAUGCGUCAGCCAUUUUCCUGCCAAGUGAGGAGGAACUUCCUAUCGGGGAUCCAGGUGGAGUUCAAACAGUCACGGCACCAGCGCAGCCUGAGGGCCCAGCUCCAUUGGCUGCAGGUGGACAACCAGCUGCCAGGUGCGAUCUUCCCCAUCGUCUUUCAUCCAGUUCCACCUCCAAAAUCCAUCGCUUUGGACUCAGAGCCGAAGCCGUUCAUUGAUGUGUCCAUCAUCACCAGGUUCAACCAGCACAGCAACAUCAUGCAGUUCAAGUACUUUAUGGCUCUCAUUCAGGAAAUGGCGGUAAAGCUCGAUCAGGGUUUCCUUGGAGCCAUAUUAGCUGUGUUGACACCUGCUGCUGACACACAGGCCCACAGACUAAAGACUGGACUUAUAGAGAGAGAUCUGCAGCUGCUGGAGGCUGAGCUGAUGGAGGCAUCACUCACCGAUACAUCAGGACUUAGUUUCUUUGAACAUUUCCACAUCUCACCCAUCAAGCUCCAUCUAAGUUUGUCUCUGGGCUCCAGCGGUGAGGACUCGACUCAGGAGGUGGCAGCUGUUCAGUCUCUCAAUCUGCUGCUGAAAAGUAUCGGCGCCACACUGACCGAUGUAGACGACCUCAUCUUCAAGCUGGCCUUCUUUGAGGUGACGUACCAGUUUUACCACAGAGAGAAGCUGAUGCGGGCGGUGGUCCACCACUACACUAAACAGUUCCUGAAGCAGAUGUACGUUCUUGUUCUGGGUCUGGAUGUCCUGGGAAACCCCUUUGGACUGAUCCGAGGUUUGUCUGAGGGAGUCGAGGCCUUCUUCUACGAACCUUUCCAGGGAGCUGUUCAGGGUCCAGAGGAGUUUGCUGAAGGGUUUGUGAUUGGAGUCCGCAGCCUAUUGGGUCACACUGUUGGUGGCGCUGCAGGUAUGGUCUCCAGGAUCACUGGUUCAGUGGGUAAAGGGCUGGCAGCCAUCACCAUGGAUAAAGAAUACCAACAGAAACGACGAGAGGAGAUGAACCGACCGCCCAAAGACUUUGGAGAGAGUCUGGCUAAAGGAGGAAAAGGACUGCUGAAGGGGGUUGUCGGUGGAUUUACUGGCAUUGUCACCAAACCUAUGGAGGGAGCGAAAAAGGAGGGGGCGGCAGGUUUCUUUAAAGGCAUUGGUAAAGGCUUGGUGGGCGUGGUUGCCCUUCCGACAGGCGGCAUCGUGGACAUGGCCAGCAGCACCUUCCAGGGCAUCCAGAGAGCGGCCGAUUCAACAGAGGAAGUGACCAAACUUCGUCCGGUGCGUCUGAUCAGGGAAGAUGGGGUCAUCCGACCGUAUGACCUGAUGGAGUCCCAGGGGUUCGACCUUUUCCAGCGUUCAGAGAUCAAACAGCUAGAAGGUGAAGUGUUCAGGGACCACUGUCAGUACCCUGGACAAAGAAAAACCACCAUUUUCAUCACCAACAGGAGGGUCAUGUGUGUGAAGGAGAUCGACUUUGUGGGUCAUUUUAGUAAAGAGUGGGAGUGUUUGUUUGAGAACUUCUAUUGUCCUCCAGUUGUGAAGGGAUCUGACCUGGAGCUCCACUGCAAGGAGCAGCAGAUGCUGAAGCUGCCAAAAAGAAUUGAGACGUCAGUCAGGACUCUUCAGCUAAGAGACCCACAAACUGCUCAGAAGCUGCAGGUGAUGAUAACAGAGGCUCAGGUGGCUCAGCAGCAGCACUGCAUGGUGAGACAGAAGUCACAGCGCUUCCUGAAGCCGAACAGCAAACAGUGAGGUCACUUCUGGUCAGCAGCACUUGGUUAAAUUUGUGUGAUAAAAUAAAAGGAUAUGUGUAAAAUGUGGGACUGUUUCUUUAAGAAAUAAAAACUGAAUCAAACUGACUUCUUGUUCACACAAACACCUGCUCAGGUGGAACUGUCCAGUCAUUUAAUAUUUUUUUUAAUUUUUUUUAUGACUGUAUUUUGAGGGUUGUGGUUAUUUUGCUUCCUGCUGUUUGCCUGCACACUGCAGUGUCACAUGGUUUAACAUGAAACCACAAAAACAUGUUGCACUAGAAGAACAUCUAAAGAAACCAGUGUGCUGAUGAUGCAUGUAUGCUGCUGUUCAUCUUCAGCGAGUUAAACACAAGAAGAUGUAAAGAAUUUCAAUACAUAAAGUUGACAUGUUCUGUAAAUUCUCUAAUUGUUGAUUCCCUUUGAUUCAUCAGUGUAAUUAGUUCCAGCCAAGCUUGACAAAAAAAAAAACUUUCUUUGAUUAAUUGUGAGUUUUACCUGCAGAUUGAAGGGACUGAAUUGAUUGGAUGAAAGUGUUUCUCAGGAAGAUAAGACAUGUUUACGUGUGAAGUCAGUAUGGUUUAAACAUGAUGCUGAAUGACAUUUGACUGUUUUUGUCUUCAUAUUGAUGUCUGUAUCAAACUAGAAGUUUGAAGAAAAUAAAAUACUUUGUGGCUGGAAAACAGACCUGAGCUGUAACCAGAAUCAUUCUAAAUAAAGAUGACAUUUAAUUGCA